GCAUAAAAAUGGCAACUCUAGUAUGUCGUCAUGGAAACCAAAUAAAUUUGUUAUUUUUUGUAUUUUGAUUAAAAAAAAAAAACAAUUAAAGACCGACAUGGUUCGAAUUACAGAAGAAUUGGUGCGAAAGAAAUCAGAACAUAAUGAAAUGCUUAUUGGUACCUUGGAAGAACUGUCCCUGCAUCAGGAGGACAUCGAACGCAUUGAACAUCUUCAGAAUUGGUGUCGAGACUUGAAGAUCCUGCUGCUGCAAUCAAAUCUGAUUGCAAAAAUCGAAAAUCUUUACAAACUGAAACGUUUGGAAUAUCUGAAUUUGGCCUUGAACAAUAUCGAACGUGUGGAAAAUCUACAGCCAUUGGAAUCACUCAAUAAAUUGGAUUUAACUUUGAAUUUCAUUGGUGAAUUGACUUCGAUUGAGUGUCUGACAGAGAAUUACAACUUGAAAACUCUCAUUCUGACGGGUAAUCCAUGUAGUGAUUAUCCCAAUUAUCGGGAGUAUGUUAUUGGGACUCUCACCCAGCUGGAAAGUUUGGAUUGUCAAGAUGUAACGGCCACGCAGAAGUUGCAAGCCAAGCCACAUCUUAGGGAAUAUCGUGCGAUUAUUGUUCAGCGACAGGCCGUCUAUGCUAUGCAACGAGAUGAGCAGAAGAUACGUUUUCUGCAACAGAAGCAGCAGUUGGAAGCAAAAAUGUCUACUAUUGAAGAUGAAAGUGAACGCAUUAAAACAUUUUGGGAUUCCACGAGCGAAAAUUGCCCCGAGAUACGCAUCGAAAUGGCGCGGUAUCAAAAGCAGUGUCGUAACAAGAAAAAUACAGGUGAAACUGAAAAACCAAUUAAAAAGGAACCAACGUUGUUUGCGCCAUGUGGUCGUCCAUACAAUCUCAAUAAACCGGAACUCACAUUCAAAUUGAAGGAUGAAGCUAACGAAUAUAUUCUGGAAUUGGAUGUUUAUAAAUACCUUGAAACAUCUCACCUUAAAGUCGAUGUUGAAAUCAACUACAUUCGAGUUGUGGUAAAAGGAAAAAUAUUUCAAAUCGCACUCAACGAAGAAGUUAAACCAUAUGCGGCCACUGUUCGACGUUCACAAAUUACGGGUCAGUUGGUUAUUACAGCACCGAAAUUAAAUGAAAAUAAACUUUUGGCUUUUAAACCUGAAGGAAAAUCCUUGGACGAAUGCAAUCAAAAGGCGGCAACACGACAACGAGCCACUCUUAAUGGAACCGUUGAUAUAAAGAAUAUUUGCAAUAAACGAAAUAACGAUGAAAUACCAGAUUUAAUUUAGAUUCUUGGCAAUUAAAAAGAUGCAGACGACGUUUUGCACGAAUUGAGACGACUGCACCUUUCGGAACGUAGUUUGGUCAAAACUAUUCUCUUUCGUCUAGGCAGCGUUCGUUUUCAAUUAUAAUUCGAGGUGUUUAUUUAUAAAAUUCCAAUUAAAAUUAUUUUGUUAUUAAUUCAAA